AUGGGCCUGAAACGAACACGCCGCUUCAUUGUCGUCGAGGCUUUGGAGAUCAAUUACGUCCGUUGCGCUGUUGUGCCUCUGCCACACCACACACCUCAAAAGCCUCUUUCUUUCUCGAGGCUCUUCGGGAGGCGAUCCUCUGUAGUGGAAAUGCCAAGAGACAGCACGGUCAUCCAGAUCAUGGCAAACAAGAUGAGAAAUGGUCGAAAUACAAGAUACAGAGAUAUUGUGAUGCGUGAGGAUUCGAAUCUAGUGGACCGACACUUGGUUUCGAAGGAGAUCGCAAGGAAGUUGCUAGAGGACGGCGAGCCGGAAAGUAUCGAACCGGAAAGCGUGUCUUUGAGCGAUGGCAAGACGUACCAGUGCGUGGCCAAAUUUGAAGCUCGAUGGUGGGACAAAGAGAACGCAAUCACAGCUGGGGUGACUCUAUACGUUACUGAGGGCAUCAAAGACGUAGUGUUCUUCCCCAAAAACCAGAGGCUUCGGACCAGCGGCAGCACUCUAGCGCCAAUUGAGAGUAGGCCCAGGACAUCGGAAGAGAAGAGAGAAGAUGCCAAACGUGAUGAGGAAGCCAAGAGGACAACCCAGGUCACAGUCUCAGAGAAUCGAGCAAAAAAGAAGGAGGCUUUGAAAAAAGCUGCCAAUGAGACACGAGGGGCCUCGAUUGCGGGAUAA